AUGGCGGGGAAGAGGAUUCUAGACUUGGCUGCUCUCUUCAAUGCUUCCCGUGGGGUUGCACAGAAGCACAUUGCACUAAAGACAAGACAAAUUGAUGUAUACAAUAGAACUUCGACUCUAGCAAGAGCAGUACGCAAUCAGACAGACCGAGUUACGGAGACUGCCAAAGCAGCAACUUUCCUUGCAUCAAGAUUGAAUGAUAAUGUGCCAGAAUGGACAAAGGAGGCAACAGAUUAUACAACCAGUUCUCAAUCGAAUGAUAGUGGACCUAUACCCAGCAGAAAAUCUACGAAGGAACGAGAGCAUACACCAGAGAAAAAGGAGGGAUUAGAGCAGAAUCAUUUCUAUGAAAAGUCCGAAUUAAAUUCGUCUGUCAAUCCAAUUCCGAAAAGAGAUUUGCAUAUUCAGCAGGAAAAGGCCAAAAAAUAUCCAUUUCCUGACGGAACAAUCCCCCCUCAAAAUGCAGAUAUCGAUACUGCCGAAUUAAAUGCAGAUACAACUCCUACCAGAUCGAAAGCUGGACCCAAGCUCGAUCCGAUUGACAGUGGGGGAUUGCAUCCUGCGGCUUCGAAUGCCUCGACCAUCCCUAUUCCAAAAACCAAGCCUUUAUCCGCGGAUAAUGCAAAAUGUAUUCAGCGAAAACACGAGCGCCAAAUCCCAUCAGUCACUGCAGAUGCAAUUGGGCAUUCAAAUAAUCCAUUGGAAGAAGGGCAUGAUGAGGAUUCUUUCUAUGAUAGAUCAAGACACACAUCACCUACCUUAUCUUCCUUACCCAGGGCCAAAAUACCAAAACAUACAUCCGAUAUUCAGGAAAAUAAUCAACAUUUGAAGGAUGAUGCUAUAAGCUCUGAUACCUUCUCAGAAACUGUUGAUAGGACUAAACAAAUACCCUCUGUUGAAUCAGUCCCUGAGCAAGAACAGCUGCCCGAGGGCAUCAACACAGAUCUGUUCCAUAGCCCAAGGAUUGCUAGGUUAUUGGGAGGUAAAACUCAAGGAUCAGGUAAAAGUACGCUGGGCUUAAAGGGAGUAAAAGACACUCCUGUAGAUCAGACCCAACUCGCAAGAAAUAAGGACCAGGAUACCUUCAAUGUUUGUUCAUCUGUUCAAGCAGAACCGACUACCCUGGAUAGUCCACUCAAAUCCGUUCUUGAGACUCCUCGUCAAAACGAUGAAGGCAUCGAAAAGCUAGCGGCAGAUAUUAGCAAAGAAAGUAGUAAAACUUUGCAGCCAGAGGGGAGCUCACAGCCUGCUCCAUAUAAGCUGCGAGAAUCUAGUGUUCCUUCCUCAAGACUUGGAAGGUUGUGGAACUAUAGUGGUCUCGCUGUUGGCAUGGUAGGGGGGGCCAUCAGCGAAAGUCUUCGUCGAGUUGGUGGUGGUGGCGGCGAGGGUUCUUUCAUGUUGAGCGCAGGUAACAUGGACAGACUUGUGACCAAAUUGUCUCGGAUGAGAGGUGCAGCUUUAAAAUUGGGCCAGAUGAUUAGUUUUCAAGACUCCAAAAUGCUUCCGGCGCCAAUCCAAGAGGUAAUGCAACGAGUUCAAGAUCGAGCAGACUACAUGCCCGCUUCACAAAGGAACAAAGUAUUAACAGCAAAUCUCGGACCUGAAUGGAGAGACUUAUUUGGCGAGUUUGAAGAAGUUCCUUUGGCUGCUGCAUCUAUUGGUCAAGUCCAUCGUGCGACUCUCAAAUCAACGGGUGCAAAGGUUGCCGUAAAGAUUCAGUAUCCUGGGGUCGCAGAUUCCAUAGACUCCGAUCUUAAUAACCUUGCAAUCCUGCUUACAGCAUCUCGUCUCUUACCAAAGGGCUUAUUCCUCGAUAAAACGAUAGCAAAUGCCCGAACAGAACUGGGAUGGGAAUGCGAUUACAUUCGAGAAGCGGAAUGCGGACUACGUUUUCAGGAACUUUUGGCGGAUGAAGAAGAUGUUUUUGUCGUACCAAAAGUAUUUUCCGAAGCAUCAGGGAAACAGGUCCUUACUAUGGAAUAUAUGGAAGGCGUGGGUGUUACUCGCGUUCAAAGUUUUACGCAAGAGCAACGCGAUUGGAUUGGAACCCAGAUCCUACGUCUCUGUCUUCGCGAGAUUACUGAGUUCAAAUACAUGCAGACCGAUCCUAAUUGGACAAAUUUCCUUUACAAUGCACAAACCAAUAAACUAGAACUUCUCGAUUUCGGUGCCUCUCGCGAGUAUCCCGAAGAGUUUAUUACUAAAUACACACAACUUCUAGAUGCAGCUUCAAGAUCAGAGAGAGAUACAGUUCGCUCUCUGUCUAUUGAUCUCGGGUAUCUUACAGGCCAAGAAUCUAAGGCGAUGUUAGACGCGCACAUACAAUCUGUUCUCACUCUCGCAGAACCAUUUUUAGAGUCUUCUCCGGAAAUUUAUGAUUUCCGAGAUCAAACCAUUACGGAAAGAGUAAAGGCUCUCAUUCCGAUCAUGAUCAGAGAGCGACUAGCGCCACCACCAGAAGAAACUUAUAGUUUACAUCGAAAAUUGAGUGGGGCGUUCUUACUGUGUGCGAGAUUGGGCAGUAGGGUUAGGUGUAGAGAGUUAUUUACGAACAGUAUGGAAGAGACGAAAUUCUUGUAA